AUGCCGUCCCUUCACGUCUCGUCCCUCCGUUUCGAGCACCACCCAACCGGGCUCGGCGUCUCCUCCCCAACUCCGCGCCUCUCAUGGCACGUCACAUCGGACUCUAUCCCAAAGAACUGGCAGCAGACGUCCUACCUCCUUGAAAUCACUCGUGGCUCCAAACAACCCCAGACAUUCCACGUAGACGGCAGCUCUACCACGCUCGUCCCUUGGCCCGACUCCCCGCUGGUAUCGGCGGAAACCGCCUCGGUCCGCGUCAAAUCCAACGGCUCAUCUGAUGAUGGGCAGUUAGACACAGAAUGGUCCGAUCCGGUCACAGUGGAAGCCGGCCUCUUCUCGCAGGGCGAAUGGACGGCGACGCCCAUCACGGCGCCCCCACGCUCGGCCUCUCACGCCGACGAGCGGGGAAUCCGGCCGGUCCGGUUCCGCAAGACGUUCAACGCCCCCGAAACGGCCGGACAAGGCCGUGUCAGACUCUACAUCACGGCGCUCGGCAUAUACGAAGCUUACCUCAACGGCAACCGUAUCGGUGACGAGUGCCUCGCCCCGGGGUGGACAGCGUACCAGCACCGCAUCCAGUACCAGGUGUUCGACGUGGCAUCCCUGCUGAAGCCAGGCCGGCCGAACGUCUUGUCGGUGGAGGUGAGCGAGGGAUGGUAUGCCGGCCGUGUUCUUUGGGGAGAGGGCCUCACUUGCUUCUACGGAGACCGCAUCGGCGUCCUGGCGCAGCUCGAUAUACUGAGUGACGACGCCACAUCAGUUCCGGCUUUUCGACUCAUCUCAGACGGUUCCUGGGAGUGUCACGCCUCGCCCAUUGUCGCCAGCGGCAUCUACGACGGCGAGACAUACGACCUCGGACUCGAAGUAGCGGACUGGCACCACGACAACACGGCCCGGUGGUCUGCCGUCGAGACCCUGCCGUUCCCCAAGUCCUCCCUCGUCGGGUCCUCCUGCCCGCCUGUACGCAUCACAGAGACGGUCAAGCCAGUCCAGAUAUCUACCGAUGCCGCGGGCAAGACGCUCGUCGACUUUGGCCAGAACCUCGUCGGGAAGCUCGUCGUCCACUCCCUCCAGAAGCCAGACGGGCACCGCCUGACGAUCCGCCACGCUGAGGUGCUCGAGAACGGCUUCCUCGGCGUGCGGCCUCUCCGCGCGGCCAAGGCCACGGAUACGGUUAUCUUCGGCGGCGGCGGACUCCAUCUCCGAGACUGGUCUCCCCAUUUCACGUACCACGGCUUCCGCUACGUCGAGCUCGACGGCUGGGCGGCGGACGAGGUGACGCGGGACUCCCUCUCGGCCGUCGUCAUGCACACCGACAUGGCGCGGACGGGCUUCUUCGCGUGCUCCGACGACGCCGUCAACGCGCUGCACCGCAACGUCGUCUGGAGCAUGCGCGGCAACUUCGUCUCCAUCCCGACCGACUGCCCCCAGCGCGACGAGCGCCUCGGCUGGACCGGCGACAUCCAGGUCUUCAGCCCGACGGCCUCGUUCCUGUACGACUGCGCCGGCAUGCUGGGCAACUGGAUGCGUGACGUGGUGCUCGACCAGCGGGACGCCGGCGGCGUCGUCCCCCUCGUCGUGCCCAACGUCAUGAGGGACGGGCCCUGGCCCUCCGUGCCGCAGGCCGUCUGGGACGACGUCGUCGUCCUCGUGCCCUGGACCCUGUACAACAUGAUGGAGGACGGGACGGUGAACCCGGGGGAGAUGACGAGCUUCAACCACUACGCGCUCGGCAGCGUCGCGGACUGGAUGCACGCUGGGAUCGCGGGCUUGGCGCCGCUGGAGGCCGGGUGGAAGAGGUUCCGGGUGCGGCCGCGGCCGGGAGGCGGGCUGAAGCACGCCGAGGCCGAGUUCCGGAGCGCGAACGGGACGGUGAAGAGCCGAUGGGAGGUGAGGGCGGGGGAUCGGUUCGUGGUGGAGGUGACGGUGCCGUUGAACGCCGCCGCCGUCGUUUCCAUGCCGGACGGGAGCGAGGAGACGGCUGGAUCGGGGACUUGGACGUUUGAGAGCGGUCUUGGGCCUGAGGUGAAGGAGUGGCCGCCCGAGGCUUUGUUGACUCAGUUUGGGCUGUAA